GUCAAAGUCAGCUGAAGAAAACAUUGGAAAUCGGCUGUUGGAAGUUCUAAAUCUGAAAAUGUGUCAAUAAACGGAAGAACUAAAAUGUAAAAAAAAUAUGUACAAUAGUUUACAAAGUAAUAGCAAAUUUUGAGCACCAUAAGGAAUGCUCGUAAACUUUGCGCACAAGUUAUAAUAACCUCAAAACACAUGUACGGUAAACUUACUCUCUUUAGCAAAGUAGUUAGAAUAAGUAGCGUGCGCUAUUACAAGAAAGACACUAAGAAGCUGUUGGAAUUUCUAGCCGGCAUGCCGAAGCCUAAUUCCAGUAGAAUAGCAGAGGCGCAACGCCAGCGCCAGAACAUUUCCAAGAAAUCUGAAAAAUAUGGCCCCAGCACCGUUUACUUACAAGUAUUAGGCUCUGGAGCUAGAGGAGCACCCAAUACAUUGUAUCUAUUUACUGAUCAAAAGAGGUACUUGUUUAAUUGCGGGGAAGGUACUCAGAGACUAGCGCAUGAACACAAAGUCAAAUUGUCAAGACUUGAUCACAUCUUCAUCACCAACAAGACAUGGAGGAACAUUGGUGGUCUACCAGGACUUUCUCUGACACUUCAAGAUGUUGGUGUACCAAAUAUUACAUUGCAUGGACCAGAAGGAUUAGAUGAAUUAUAUAACGCAACCAGAAGAUUUGUGAUAAUGAAGGACAUGAAUGUUGUUAUGGCAAAGUGCAGCAAAUCGGAGGAUUUUGAGGAUAAUGUUAUGACUGUCAAAUAUGUACUCAUAGGUCCUCAAGACAACAUCCUCCCAACUGAAGUUAAGUCGGCAGCAAAGAAGCCAAAGCUUGACAACAACCUAGUUGAGUUUGAGGAGUUCAUACACGAUGACACAGAUUAUUAUAAGUCAGAUGCUGCCCAUACACCAGAAAAACACAGAAAUGUUAAGCCUAAAGUGAAACUUCAUACUGAUAAGGAUUAUUUAAAGAAAAAGACUGAAAGAGUUUUGGAAGAACUUCAUAAACAAAGUUAUUCUACUGUUGCAUACAUCUGUAUUUUAAAGAAACGUCUGGGUACUCUAGACCUGGAGAAAUGCGUGGAGUUUGGUGUGAAGCCAGGUCCCUUGCUGGGACAGCUAAAGAGUGGCCAUGACGUAUUGUUGCCAGAUGGAAGGAUCGUGCUAUCCAAGGACGUCAAGACCCCUGAUGAUCCAGGACCUGUGUUUAUUGUUCUCGAAGUACCAGAACUCGCGUACUUGAACGAGGCUGAAUUUUCCGCGCAUUUCGACAACGGCAGCAAUCCACCCGAGAACAUUCCAACAAUCAUCGUCCACUACACGCCUCCACAUAUCCUCAAGCAUCCCACGUAUCGAGCCUUCAUGGCGAAGUUCGGCACAACGACACGGCAUCUCAUAUUAAACUCGCAAAACUCUUGCCUCGGCUCUGAAGCGGUGCACCGAACCCAACACAAACUGCACCUGUUGGACGCGGACAUGUUCCCGUUGCUGCGCGAUGUGAGCGUACCCGCGCUAUGGAACCCGAGUCCCACCCUGCCGCAUACCGAUAGCCCGGUACGAUUAAAGGGGUUGGAAGAACUGAAGAAUAAGAUUGCUGUGGCACAGUUCCAGAAUCUGAUUAGUAUGGAGGGCUCCUGUGGUGGGGAUGCGGGCAUUGGUGAUACGGACUCGCUUGCAAAGAUUGAGCUGAUCUCCGCACGGACUCUCACUAUGUUCCAUUUGAGGCCAAAGAAGGAAAUCGAUAGAUCAAUGGAGCCGAAGCUACACAUCCAAGACUAUAUACAGGAAACAAUGGACGCAGACGGUUUUGUCCCGAGCUUAGACCAAUUUCGUCAUCUCGUAGACCGUAUGCGUUACGCGAAAACCGAGUUACAGAAGGAGUAUCCAAAAGUGGUGUUUUUAGGGACCGGGUCCUGUAUACCCAGCAAGACUAGGAAUACGAGCGCUAUUGUGUUGCAUAUCGAUGAACAACGCUCAAUCCUACUGGACUGUGGUGAAGGGACUUUCGGACAACUGGUCCGCUUUUACGGGCCCAAGCGUGUUAACAGCUUUUUAAGAACGCUGAAAGCGAUCUACAUAUCGCAUCUUCACGCGGACCACCACAUUGGUCUUAUUGGAGUCCUCCAAGCUCGACGGCAAGCCUUCGAAGAAAUAGAUUUUAAGAGGCCAAUCAAACCGUUGUAUCUUCUGGCUCCUGGGCAGAUUGUCACGUGGCUAUCCAUAUACGAUCACCAGUUCGAGCCAAUCCGGGACGACUUCUCCCUUAUACCUAAUCAGAAUUUGCUGGCAUCAAAUUCUGAGACGACAAACAUGGAACUGACUUCAGCAGUGCUGGCCAGUUUAGGCGUGCAAGGGUUACGCACGUGCCUCGUGGCGCACUGCCCUAACGCCUUCGGAGUUUCUAUAGAUGUCGAUCAGUAUUACAAGGUCACUUAUUCAGGCGACACUAUACCUUGUGAAGAGCUGGUUAAGAUUGGUAAAAACUCAACCCUUUUAAUCCACGAAGCGACUAUGGAGGAUGAGUUGGCUGAUGAGGCACGAAUCAAAAUGCACUCGACAACCUCGCAAGCAAUAGAGAUAGGUCGACAGAUGGAAGCUAGAUAUACUGUACUGACGCACUUCAGCCAAAGAUACGCGAGGUUGCCGCGCCUUAACUCCCAUAUACUGAACGACAAUACCAGCGUCGGGAUUGCCUUCGACAAUAUGCAGAUAACAAUGGGCGAUCUAGACCUUCUGCCACAUAUGUACGCGCCGCUGCAACUGAUGUUCGCUGAACAUUGUGUAGAAUUGGAACUAAAAGCGCAAAACAGGGCGCGGCAAAAGAAACUGACUACCUCCCCUAGCAUGCCAACUUCCGGUAGCAUACGAAACUUUUCCACACUAACCGCAGACAAUAACGUGACCACAGACAAUGAAUCCACUGAUUUAAACAACAUCACAGAUUGUGCAACAGAUAAAACUAAUAACGUUGCAAAGAAAAAUGACAGAACUUUAACAGAUAAAAUUAUUGAAACAGAUUCAAAUGAAAAUCACAGAGAAAACAUAUUAACAGAUAAUAAUUGCGUUAGUUAGUGAAAUUGUUGCUUUGUUUUGCUGUAUCGUUUGUCUAGUUAAGUUUGUUUUUCAAUGUAAUAUUGACAUUUUUUUGUCAGUUAGAAGCUUUAAUUUAAAUUGAUUUUUGGUAUUAUAUCUUUUUUUUAUUCCGGUCUUACAAGCCAUUUAAAAAUAAAAGUUAAUUUGCUAUUUUGAUACAAAAAUACUAUAUUUUUGCAACCUUGCUACGGAGUUGACCCCAAAGAUGGUCAAGUUCUACAUGGCCCGAUAAUGUAACCUACAUUAAAAGCUUCUUUUUAAAGAAAAACUUAUAAAUAAUACAACAUGUUCCUAACAAAGUAUACUAAAAAAAUACAAAAACGUACUAAAAAUUCUGUCAAGAUUACAGUGUAAAGCAAAGAUUUACCGUAACUAGAAAGUAUGAUAUCAUUUUAUGUUUCAUUAAGUAGCUUUGUUGUUGCUCAUAUAAAAUUACAUUUAAAUGUAAAAGUUAUGUUUGAAAAUGUAUAAAAGUAACUUUCAUAUGAGUUUUAGUUAUUUUAUUUCAUCACUACCGGUCCACCAGAGAACACGUAUGCAGGCCGCACUAUACCGCGCUGGCCAGGUGUGGAUACAUUAUUAGCUUAGUAUAAUUAUCAUACUACAGUUAUGCGAAUAAAGAUUUUAGUCUUUGAA